GAGGGCCGUGAUGGAGGUCCCGCCCCGACUCUCCCAUGUGCCGCCGCCAUUGUUCCCCUCCGCUCCCGCUACUUUAGCCUCCCGCAGCCUCUCCCAUUGGCGGCCGCGGCCGCCGCGGCAGCUCGCCCCGCUCCUCCCUUCGCUCGCUCCCAGCUCCGCCCGGCAGGGGGCGCGCCGGGCCCAGCGCCACGUCACCGCCCAGCAGCCCUCCCGAUUGGCGGGCGGGGCGGCUAUAAAGGGAGGGCGCAGGCGGCGCCCGGAUCUCUUCCGCCGCCAUUUUAAAUCCAGCUCCAUACAACGCUCCGCCGCCGCUGCUGCCGCGACUCGGUCUGCGCGCCAGCACCUUCCGGCCGACCACUCCGCCGCUAUGGAAGACAUGAACGAGUACAGCAACAUAGAGGAGUUCGCCGAGGGAUCCAAGAUCAACGCGAGCAAGAACCAGCAGGAUGACGGUAAAAUGUUUAUUGGAGGCUUGAGCUGGGAUACAAGCAAGAAAGAUCUGACUGAAUAUUUGUCUCGAUUUGGGGAAGUUGUGGACUGCACGAUUAAAACAGAUCCUGUUACUGGAAGAUCACGAGGAUUUGGAUUUGUGCUUUUCAAGGAUGCUGCUAGUGUUGAUAAGGUUUUGGAACUGAAAGAACACAAACUGGAUGGCAAAUUGAUAGACCCUAAAAGGGCCAAAGCUUUAAAGGGGAAGGAACCCCCCAAAAAGGUUUUCGUGGGUGGAUUGAGCCCAGAUACUUCGGAGGAACAAAUUAAAGAAUAUUUUGGAGCCUUUGGAGAGAUUGAAAAUAUUGAACUUCCUAUGGAUACAAAAACAAAUGAAAGAAGAGGAUUUUGCUUUAUUACAUAUACAGAUGAGGAGCCAGUAAAGAAAUUGUUAGAAAGCAGAUACCAUCAAAUUGGUUCUGGGAAGGUCAGGGCCAAAACUGGAACCAAGGAUUUAAUAACUAUUAUGAUCAAGGAUAUGGAAAUUACAAUAGUGCCUAUGGUGGUGAUCAAAACUAUAGUGGCUAUGGCGGCUAUGAUUAUACUGGGUAUAACUAUGGGAACUAUGGAUAUGGACAGGGAUAUGCAGACUACAGUGGCCAACAGAGCACUUACGGCAAGGCAUCCCGAGGGGGUGGCAAUCACCAAAACAAUUACCAGCCGUAUUAAAGGGGACACUGCAGAAAACAGCGGGAACUUCAUUGCAGGCCGUGUGUCACCCUGACCACGUCUAUCUCUGGGGGUCGCACGUUGCGGGCAGAGCGCAAGGCAUACACCAGAAAACGCUGUCCUGUGGUAUGGUCUCUUCCAACUUCAUGUACCAGCGUAAAGAUUAAAGUGGAAAACUUCAGACUUUGGCUUCUUUUUUAAUCAUUUUGAAGAUUAAGUGUCUAAACUUAACUUAAAUGGUUUUUUACAGGAGUUAAAGUACAUAAAUGCCUUUUUACAGCUUAAUCAUUUUGGUCUUCUGUUUAGUGUUGUAUUUCAAUUGUGGAGCCUCAUUUUAAGUGUUCAUUCUUUAAGAUUUAAUGCUUGCUUUUUCUUUUUAUAGCUAAUAGUGAAAUCUACAAACCAAAACAAGAACUUUAAAAUCUGGGAUUUAAAUUAAAGAUCAUAUGCACUUAGCAAUUUGUUGCCUUGAAAUACAAGCGUGUUAGAAAUUCGUGUUUGUAAUAGAAUUUUACAUGGCUUACUAGAGACACUUCUAGUAAACCUUGCAUCUAGCACAGUUCAAUCUGUGAAUAUGAAAAGAUUGUGUUCCCUGAUUUUCUAAGUAAGUUUUAAUAUCAUAUGGGAACUUCAAGGUGAGAUGAUUAUGAUGAUUAUAAUUACCCAAACUGCAUUUUGCCAAUGAAUUUGCAUGUGAUCUUUAAUUAUUGAAGAAAAGAAUAAAGUGAGAACUUAAAACAAUUCAUGAAAGUGGACCUUAGAAAGCUUGCCGGAGUUGCACAAAUCUAAUUGCUAUUUUGUUUUUGUUUUUAGGAAGAGAUUGCUAAAGUAACCAUCUUGCAGGAGGACAUUGAAGAUUGGUCUUCUGUUGAUCUAAGAUGAUUAUUUUGUAAAGACUUUCUAGUGUACAAGACACAAUUUGUGUCCAACUGUAUAUAGCCGCCAAUUAGUUUUCUUUGUUUUUACUUUGUCUUUUGCUAUCUGUGUUAUGACUCUGUGGAUUUGUGUUUAUACAGACUUUAUUUGUAUGAUUACAUGUUAAACCUCAAAUAAAUGCUUCCUUAUGUGAUUGUU